CGCUUCCUCGCUCAGUCUCUCAGUUGAAGGGGGGGAGGGGGGGUUUAAAUUUACCUUUCCUGCGCACCGAUUGGCCAUGGUGGAGGGAAGUAAGAGCUGCGAUUGGAAGACCUUAGGCUCCGCCCGUCCCCGUGACAAGUUGCUCGCUGUGGGGAUGUUUAUAGACGCUCUGCAGCAGCAGCAGCCCCAGACGGCGCUGGAGCGAGCGCGGCUCUGGGCUCGUGAGCGCUGGCUCUUCUCCGCCUCCGCUGUGGGCCAGCGAAUGAGCGUGGGAGUUCUGGCGGGGUCUUUGCACUUCUGGCCAGAGGCUGCUCUUUGACCCCUUGACCCUCCGUCUGUCCAUCUUUGCGACCCGAAGCUUGGCUCGUUUGUUGUUGUUCCUCUGGGAUCGUGAGCAAGAUGGUGGAGCCAGGACAAGACUUGUUGCUUGCUGCUUUGAGUGAAAGUGGAAUUAGUCCAAAUGAUCUUUUUGAUAUUGAUAGUGGAGAUCCAGGCCUUGCAACCCCAACACCCACUCCACCUGUUCAGCAGUCAGUGCCACUUAGUGCAUUAGAACUAGGCUUGGACACUGAGGCAACAGUUCCUGUUAAACAAGAACCAGAGACUGUAUCUACUCCAGCACUAUUAAAUGUUAGGCCACAACCACCAUCUACUACAACUUUUGUGCUUAAUCAGAUAAAUCAGCUUCCAACUUUGGGAACCACAAUUGUAAUGACUAAAACCACACCAGUAACGACUACAAGGCAAACAAUAACUUUAACAAAAAUUAUCCAGACUAGCACAAACACACGGCCUUCAGUUUCAGCACCAGCAGUCCGUAAUGCCUUGACCUCUACACCUUCAAAGGACCAGAUGCAGCUGAAAGAUCUGCUGAAAAAUAAUAGUCUUAAUGAACUCAUGAAACUGAAGCCGCCAGCUAACAUUGCUCAGCCAGUGGCAACAGCAGCCACUGAUGUCAGCAACGGAACAGUCAAAAAAGAAGCUUCUAAUAAGGAAGUUGCACGAAUAUGGAUAAAUGACAUAAAAAUGAGAAGUUUUUCUCCCACUAUGAAAGUACCAGUGGUUAAAGAUGAAGAAGAACCAGAGGAAGAAGAUGAAGAAGAAAUGGGCCAUGCUGAAACCUAUGCAGAAUAUAUGCCAAUAAAAUUAAAAAUUGGCCUUAGGCAUCCUGAUGCAGUAGUGGAAACCAGCUCUUUAUCCAGUGUCACACCCCCUGAUGUUUGGUACAAAACAUCCAUAUCUGAAGAAAGCAUUGAUAAUGGCUGGUUGUCAGCAUUACAACUUGAAGCUAUUACAUAUGCAGCCCAGCAACAUGAAACAUUUCUACCUAAUGGAGACCGAGCUGGAUUCUUGAUAGGCGAUGGUGCUGGUGUAGGAAAAGGGAGAACUAUAGCUGGAAUAAUUUAUGAGAAUUACCUUUUGAGUAGAAAAAGAGCACUAUGGUUUAGUGUAUCAAAUGAUUUAAAAUAUGAUGCUGAAAGAGAUUUGAGGGACAUUGGAGCAAAAAACAUUUCGGUUCAUUCAUUAAAUAAGUUUAAAUAUGGAAAAAUUUCUUCCAAACAUAAUGGAAGUGUAAAAAAGGGCGUUAUUUUUGCUACCUAUUCCUCUCUCAUUGGUGAAAGUCAGUCUGGCGGUAAAUACAAAACAAGAUUAAAGCAGCUUCUACAUUGGUGUAGUGAUGACUUCGAUGGAGUGAUAGUAUUUGAUGAAUGCCACAAAGCCAAAAAUUUAUGUCCUGUUGGUUCUUCAAAGCCAACCAAGACAGGCUUAGCUGUGUUGGAACUGCAGAACAAAUUGCCAAGAGCCAGAGUCGUUUACGCUAGUGCCACUGGUGCUUCUGAACCAAGGAACAUGGCCUAUAUGAACAGACUUGGAAUAUGGGGUGAAGGAACUCCAUUUAGAGAAUUCAGUGAUUUCAUUCAAGCUGUAGAACGAAGAGGUGUUGGUGCCAUGGAAAUAGUUGCUAUGGAUAUGAAGCUGAGAGGCAUGUACAUUGCCAGGCAAUUGAGCUUUACUGGUGUGACUUUCAAAAUUGAAGAAGUUCUCCUUUCCCAGAGCUAUGUUAGAAUGUAUAAUAAAGCAGUGAAACUGUGGGUAAAUGCCAGAGAGAGAUUUCAGCAAGCAGCAGAUCUUAUAGAUGCAGAGCAGCGAAUGAAGAAAUCUAUGUGGGGGCAGUUCUGGUCUGCUCAUCAGAGGUUUUUCAAAUACCUGUGUAUAGCAUCCAAAGUUAAGAGAGUUGUGCAGCUGGCACGAGAAGAAAUUAAGAAUGGAAAAUGUGUUGUCAUUGGUCUGCAGUCAACAGGAGAAGCUCGAACUUUAGAAGCCUUAGAAGAGGGUGGAGGAGAGUUAAAUGACUUUGUGUCAACAGCCAAAGGGGUAUUACAAUCACUCAUUGAAAAACACUUUCCAGCUCCAGACAGGAAAAAACUCUUUAGUUUGCUUGGAAUUGAUUUGACUGCUCAGAGUAACAACAGUUCACCCAGAGAUAGUCCUUGUAAGGAGAAUAAAGUCAAGAAACGAAAAGGGGAAGAAAUUAGCAGAGAGGCCAAAAAAGCACGGAAAAUUGGUGGCCUUACUGGAAGCAGUUCUGAUGAUAGUGGAAGUGAGUCUGAUGCCUCUGAUAAUGAAGAAAGUGACUAUGAGAGUUCAAAAAAUAUGAGUUCUGGAGAUGAUGAUGACUUCAACCCAUUUCGGGACGAAUCUAGUGAAGAUGAUGAAGAUGAUCCUUGGUUAAUCAGAAAGGACCACAAGAAAAGCAAAGAGAAAAAAAAGAAAAAAAGUAUUGAUCCAGAUUCUAUUCAAAGUGCCUUAUUAGCGUCAGGUCUAGGAUCAAAACGACCAAGUUUUUCUUCUACAUCUCUUGUCACUACUCCUAAUAAUACACAAGCUAACAGUAAUAGUAACAGCAACAGCCUUGUAACAAGUCAGGAUGCUGUUGAAAGAGCCCAGCAGAUGAAGAAAGAUUUGUUAGACAAAUUGGAAAAAUUAGCUGAAGAUCUUCCUCCUAAUACGCUGGAUGAACUAAUUGAUGAGCUUGGUGGCCCAGAGAAUGUGGCAGAGAUGACUGGCCGAAAGGGGAGAGUAGUAAGCAACGAUGACGGAAGCAUAUCUUAUGAGUCGAGGUCUGAAGCUGAUGUGCCAGUGGAAAUUUUGAACAUAACAGAAAAGCAAAGAUUCAUGGAUGGGAAUAAGAAUAUUGCCAUUAUCUCAGAAGCUGCCAGCUCAGGUAUUUCAUUACAAGCAGAUCGUCGAGCUAAAAAUCAAAGGCGAAGAGUACAUAUGACUUUGGAAUUGCCUUGGAGUGCUGAUAGGGCCAUUCAGCAGUUUGGAAGAACUCAUAGAUCAAACCAAGUUACUGCUCCAGAAUAUGUAUUUCUGAUUUCUGAAUUGGCUGGAGAGCAAAGAUUUGCAUCUAUAGUUGCUAAAAGACUAGAGAGUUUGGGGGCACUUACACAUGGUGACCGAAGAGCAACAGAAUCUAGAGAUUUGAGCAGGUUCAACUUUGAUAACAAGUAUGGUAGAAAUGCUUUGGAAAUUGUUAUGAAAUCCAUUGUGAACCUAGAUUCCCCAAUGGUAUCACCACCUCCUGACUAUCCAGGAGAAUUCUUCAAAGAUGUCCGACAAGGAUUGAUAGGAGUGGGCCUUAUAAAUGUUGAAGACCGCUCUGGAAUUUUGACUCUUGAUAAAGAUUACAAUAAUAUUGGAAAAUUCCUAAAUCGUAUUUUGGGUAUGGAGGUCCACCAGCAAAAUGCCUUGUUUCAGUAUUUUUCAGACACACUUAAUGCAGUUAUACAAAAUGCCAAAAAGAAUGGUAGAUAUGAUAUGGGUAUUUUAGAUCUUGGUUCUGGAGAUGAGAAGGUGAGGAAAACGGAUGCUAAGAAAUUUCUAACUCCAGGAUAUUCAACCUCAGGCCAUGUUGAACUGUACACAAUCAGUGUAGAAAGAGGAAUGUCAUGGGAAGAAGCAACCAAGAUCUGGGCUGAACAAACAGGACCUGAUGAUGGCUUUUAUUUAUCGUUGCAAAUAAGAAAUAAUAAGAAAACUGCCAUCUUGGUGAAAGAAGUAAACCCCAAAAAGAAGCUUUUCUUAGUUUAUAGACCAAAUACUGGGAAACAGCUGAAAUUGGAGACUUUGGCUGAUCUGAAAAAGAAGUAUAAGAAGGUAGUUUCAGAUGAUGCCUUGGCUCACUGGUUAGAUCAGUAUAAUUCAUCUGCAGAUACAUGUACUCAUGCAUAUUGGAGAGGCAAUUGCAAAAAAGCAAGUUUGGGAUUAGUUUGUGAAAUAGGUCUUCGAUGCCGCACCUAUUAUGUUUUAUGUGGUUCUGUGCUGAGUGUUUGGACAAAAGUUGAGGGAGUUCUAGCAUCUGUCAGUGGCACAAAUGUGAAGAUGCAAAUAGUUCGGCUACGAACUGAGGAUGGACAACGAAUUGUGGGUUUGAUCAUUCCUGCAAAUUGUGUGUCUCCCCUUGUAAACCUUCUGUCAACAUCAGAUCAGUCCCAGCAACUUGCAGUUCAACAGAAGCAGAUAUGGCAGCAGCAUCACCCACAGAGCAUCACCAAUUUGAACAACUUGUAAAGGAAUAGACUUACAGGCUUUGACAUGGAUGUUUCUGGAAAAGCUAUCCAAGCAUAUCAUUUGCAUAAAAAUCAGGGACAGAUUCCAAAGAAUUUUUUCAGUUGCGCUCUCUCUGGUAAUAUUUUGAGAAUGAGGAGGUACCUGGAAAAGAUGGCCAAACUGAGACUCAAGCGAUGCUGACGGUGGUGCAAAUGUCCUUCCCGACAUAGGCUUUUCCUCUAGUACUUAACUUCCCAUUUGCUUUGACUUUGGGCAAGCUGGGUUUUUUUUUUUAAUGGACUGUUUGUUUGUUUAUUUGUUUGUUUUUAUUUCUCAAACUAAGACCAUAAUUCGUGUGAAAAUGUGUGGGCUUUCCCAAACUGGCUUUACCUUGAUUUUGUCCUUCUGCGCUCAGGGUUUACGCAGGACAUCCAUGCCAUGGCUGGGAAAGACCUCCCAGGAUGCAUGUCUUUUGAGUCUAUAGAGAAAAUCUGUUGGUUUUUCUUUUCAACCUGUGUAAAACAGGUUUAGAACUAAGCAUGAAGUGGAAAUGGUUGCAUAUCAUGCAUUCAGGUUCUUUCCCAGUUUCUGUUUUGACAGUGCAUGUCUUUGAAAGCAUGCCAUAAGCAAAAGCCCACCAGAGUUAGGGAGCAGAGAGAAAGCCAGUAGAACAUACAGCUAUGGUUAGUGUAUUGUUAGAGGUUUUAGACCCAAGUACUGCUUUUCUCCCCUCCUCCUCUAAGGCAAAGUCCACCACACGGAUGCCCUUUUUUGUAACAAAAUUCUUAAAUUAAAAAUUAGUUCAUUGUAAUGUAUUAAUAUUCCUAAUGUGCUGCAAAAACGGCUCAAAGCCUGUUUUUCUCAAGAUGGCAUUUUUCCUUAAUUGGAGAUGGUUAUGGAAACUUAAGUGCAAAUUGACCUCUAUCUCGCAAAACAAUCCUCUUAUUUUUUACUUCAUUAAUGUAAUUUAAUUUGUCACUUGUAAGAUGAAACCUUACUUGAGCUGUAAACUAGACAAUGGGGGAAACACUUGAGGCUUCUGCUGUAUGUGCUCUUUGUUACCCAGUAACUUGAAUACUGUUUAAUAUGUUGUAAGACAUUUGUAGAGUUUAUCUGGAGCUGUUUAAAAUGGUAAUGUACAAAUGUGAAUAGUCACUUAUCUAUAAUAUGGGUAAGUUUUGUUUUGCUUAUAAUAGUAAAUGUUUAUAACAAGUGAGGGACAAUGUUUGUCUUUUUUUUUUUAAUUUGCUUGCACAGGUUGCACUAUUGAAAACUUUUGAGAUUGUAUAAACCUGUCCAGAAAGCUGCAAGACACCAAAAUCUUGUAGAUGUCAAAUAAAAGUUAUUGUACUAACAAGAAGUGGCCUCUUGCUUAGGCAGUCAUCCUUUUAGCAACUAGUUGUACUUUGGCCAGCCUACAGAAAUAAGUGUUGCUUCAGCACUCCAUUUAGUGGUCUAUUCCAGUGUAAAUAAGCUUUUCCUGCUGGGACGUGAUGAUAGUUGGUAGCACUGAUCCAUACUUGGACAAGGGCAAUUUCCACAUUGUUUCUUUUAGUCUUCUGGCAUUCACCUGAAGUAGAGAAUUUGUAUUGAUAUAAAUAGUUUGGUGCUUUGGUGGAGUGCAACCAUCUCUUUGGUGCCUGGUGUAUUUUCUUUAAGCUCAUACUUGGUUACUUGGACAUUUCAUCUGAGUUUACUUAACAUGCCUUCUAAUGGUAUUAAACUGGGAAGAAUGAUCUGUUCUCUUUUGGUCAUUUAUCUGAUUGAAGAAGUCUUUGUACUCCAGUGAUCUCCUCUUAGGAGCACACAAGGACUUGAGCUUCUGCCUAGCACUAGAGAGCUAAGAGCAAGAUGGCAAGAUUGCAGGGCCCAGGGUGGGGCAGGCCCCAGGGUGACUAGAGAUGAGAGAUUCUGAAAUAAAAACAAACUCUUCCAGCAGAAAGACACUGUAAAAGAGUAGGCCUCUGCUGGCUCCUAGCCAAAUUUCCAAACAGUUUUUUGUUUCUUUGAUGGUGGUUUUUAAGUAGAUCAUGUUUUCCUCUAAGGCAACACUAGAAUAGAUCUUCAGUAUGUUGUUAAGUGACACUAUAGUUGCUGUAUUUAAGUUUACUCUUAGAGCAGUUAAUCUUGCUGCAAAGGGGUGUGAUUUGUGAUAGUGUUUCUCAAUUUCUCUGUAGAAUGGUGUAUGUGGGUGUGUGUCUGUCUGUCUGCACACACGUAAAUACACACAUACAUUUUUUAAAUGACCAAAAAAAUUGUCCCCUGAAAAUUUCAGAAGUGAUUGUGAUGCUGAAGGUUCUAUAUUUGAAUCCUCAGUGUGGCAAAACAAAAAAUCUCAAUUUUUGCAGCCCAUAACUUUUGUGUUAUACUGUAAUGGUGACAUUCAGGUAGAUCAGCCUCAAGGGUAGGUAAGGAUCCUCAGCCCCCGUUCUAAGAAUUGAUUUCCAAAGUCUCAAAGUUAGAUGAGUCCUUUCUUAGCCAGAGUAGCUCAGCCUACCAUGUUGGAGAGGAUCAAUUAUCUGAUUGCUCUUCCUUUUCACCAGCAUGAUAUUGAGCUCUGAAUUUGUGUCCUUUAAAAAAAAUAGAAUUAUGGUUUAGGGUGUUUAGAGCUGUUUCUAUAUUUUUGAAUUCCAGACCAUACUCCUGUGCAAAAAAAACUUUUAGAUGCUUUCUUUAAAUUUCCUCAUUGCCAGAGAGGUCUGUAAUUCAGAAUGUCCAAAUAUGUCAACCAGUGAUUCAUAUUUAUAAGAAAAUUAGCAAAAUAUCUCUUAACAAAAACACAGCUUCAUUUUCUCUUUUAUGAUCUUAGACAUCAUAACGUAUACCGUUUAAUUUUCCAAAGAAUUUCUAGUUAUCCAACUCCAGGUAUAAGCUCUCUCUAGACCCAGUAUUAGUUCAAAGCUGCUAUCAGAGGCUAGUAACAUUUGGGACAAAUAAAGGCCACUACCUUUAAAUUGUACAGCAUUAAAGCGGUUGCCAGUGGACAAAAGCAUGCUUUACCCCUGUGACAAGGAAACUGUCAUCUCUUCAGGUCAAGACCAAGCUUCAUAUGUGUCAAGAUGGCUAAUUUAGAUGAUUUAAUUGGAUUGGGGUUGAGGCAGUUAAGAGGACAAGUGUUCUCUAACCUUGACAGUUACUUUGUCUUUUGGCAGGCAAGCCAAAAAGCUGCCAACUUAGUAAGGAGCAGAGCCUAUCUGUCCAGAGAGGUGUGAAGGUGUAAGGUGCCAGCAAAGAGCUUGGCGGGGAGGGAGCAAGCCCAGAACCCUGAGGGCCUCUCAAAUAAACCCCUCAUUUCUGCUUGGUUUUCUUUCUGCCUUGCUAGGAAGAUGGAAGCUGUAUAACUAUGAACUAAAAUGGAUAUAAUUGGAGAUUCUGUGAAUUAAUUAAGGUAUUGUUAUGUUCUGCACUAGAAAAGCAAUGACUAUUAUACCACCUGAGUGUUCAAUAUCUCCCUUGAUCUUCUACCCUCUGGUCACCUGAGGCCCUCAAGGCCAACUGCUUUAAUAGCUAAAACUUGAAAAAGCUACCAGUUCUCUGGUCAGAAUACAGUGUUUUUUAAGGGCACAUAAAUGAAGGAAACUUGUAUCUAUAAACAUGCAGCUCAAGUUAGCAAUUCCUUUCCUGAGUACUUGAGGUGAAAUCCCCAAACCCACUCUUAAAUCCUCCCCUCUACUAGAUGUGUACAGAACUCUGUGUAUAUAGACAUGUUGAAAUUACUCAGUUGAGGAAUGUAAAUAUUUUUUGUAAAUGGAGACAUUUUUCCCUUCUAGUUUUGAUUUCCCCCUUUCCUUCCCCCCUUUGUCCUAUUUAUUCACUUGCUGUACUACAGGGCAUGGGAGUUUUUUUAAUCUAGAAAAAUGUGAGGUAGUCUUAGCUGAAUUUCUCCAAAUACUUUUUAAGAUUUCUGUUUUGCAUCCUUACUUCUAGAACUUCAGCGGUUUUCGUGUCUUAAUAUUUUUAAACAUGCCUGUUUCUCAUUUUUGUUCCAAAAUUUAUACUGUGCAAUGCAUUGGGGGUGGGGGGUGGACUCGUGCAAUUUCUGAUAUUGUCAUCACGUGACCAUUUAUGCUCCUUUAUGUUGAUCUUUUAAUGCCAUAAUAAGCUCUUAGAUUCACUCUUAUCACAGACUUCAUUUUGAGCUCCUAUCUUCGGGGCAUUUGGAGUGUUCAGACUUCAUUUUUAAGCAAAUUAGGCUUAUUCCUCUAACCCUUGCACUUUAGACCCUUGAUUCAAUUUUUACAUCCCUGAUGUGCAACAAUUGAAGAGUAAGGUUGACAGUCUAAAAACAAACCAUGCAUGGCCCUUUUGUCACCGCCAUCCUCUUCUAAUUCUUUAAGGAGCCUCCACAAUCAACACUUCCAUUCUUGUGAAUAGGAGGAAGAAAAUGGUGGUCACCUUUUUUCUGCUUGUGUAUGUAGAUGCAUAUUGGUUUUUAAAGUUUUGAGCUGAUAAUAAAGUUUGAGUUCUUUGAGAAGCCAAGGGUCAUGGCCUUCUAUAGUAGCAUAUUAUUGUGCUGUCCAGCUGUACAUACUAGAGACAAAGCCUUAAAUUCAUGAUUUUAAGUGGUUCGGUAUAAUGAAGAAUGAGUAGGAAGCCAUUUACGGCUAUGUUAGACUUUUCACCUUAAUGGGCCUAGGAACUAAUAACUGCAUUUGGAACAGAAAUGGAGGCAUUUAGCAUCACCAACCAAACAACAAAUCAAAAACUGGAUGUUUGUUUUUGCCAUUAUGGACUCCUUACCAGUUUUUCCAUGUGGAGAGAAGCAGUGUUAUUGUUGUUUUGGUCUUCCAUAGCAAAGGCUACCACCAAACAGGUGGUUUCUGGCAUAGUGGGAUAAGAAAAGCCCCCUCAGUAAAACUGCCCAAUUUAGAUCUUUAUUUAGUGCUGGGAGAAUUGGAGGAGAAAAGAAAUCACUACCUUGGAGGUGAAACAAGCCCAGUGUACCAACACGCCUUUUUUUUUCCUGGUAAGAAAAUAAUUUUAGCUGUUUUUAAUGUAUAGCAAAGGCUUUCAUUCAUGACUGGAUUUUAAGUAGGGCAUUAAUAUCCCAAGAGUCAGGAAGAUCGUAUACUUCUUGACUCUUACGAUGUUUAGGAAAUCUGUUUUAACAAGAUUGGGCUACUCCUUUUAUUUGAUAAAAUCCUUUUACAAAUACCUCCGGUGCCUGACCUUGUUUAAACACUUUCCCCCGCUCUUGUCUCUCUGCCUUCCAUCUACAUACAGUAAAAUUGAAAUCUUGUGUUUGUAGCAUCAUAAAUCCCAUUUGUGGCGAUGUCUGACAGCACAACUAUAGCACACUCUACCUUAACUACAGAAUCUAGCAAAGAGGAGGAAGCUCAGAGAGAGAAAUCAGUUGAGUUGUCAUAGAGAAGAGGGCCAAGGGCAGGGAACUGAAUUUCUGGUGGUCAUCACAUUUGUUAGACAGAUUCAUAUUCAGGGAAGUCUGCAGUCUAGGGAACUUUUCACUCCUAAACUCAGUGUUGCUAGGAACUAAGAUGCUUGUGCCGAGUCCUGGGAGGGGCCCCUGCUUGCCCAGAUGAAACAUUUCUAGUCAAAUGCACCCUGGGAGUUGGGGGUGACAGGCAGCACUUUUGAUAGUAUUCUAGCACUUAAGAGGAUAAAGAGACUUGAACUAUUGAGAUGUUUUUCUUUCUGGCCUUGACUUUUCCAGGCAGAGAGAACUUUUCAUGAGGUACAUUAACGGUCUAACUGUUGUGAGAAAAACCAUCCAUCUCAUUGGGUUAUAAGGAAAUUGCAAAACUGCUGAUCCUUCUCAGUGACCACUUGUAUCUACCAUCAUUCCAUGAGAGGUGGGAAGAGGUACUUGUAUCUCUGCAGUAAGAUUUGCCCUGGUUCUACCUCCAGCAAAAGAGAUUUUUAUAUGUAGGCCUAGAACCUCCUUCUGAUUCCAAAAUGGUGCAUCUUAGAGAUGACAAGUGAUGGAUUCCAAAGAUGACCUUCCAACCAAGGCAGAUUGUGACUUUUGCUGACUUCUUGUUUUGGUUGCUUGUUGUAGUUGUUUUUUGUUUUUUUUAAUCACCCUUUUUAUAUUUCUACUCUGUUUUUGGAAUCUGUCAUUAUGUAAAGAUUUCUCACUGUUUUGGUGAUGCUGCACUGCUCCAUGCAACUUUCUCAUGGUGAGACAGUUCUCUGAGUGUCCAGAAUCUGCUGUUUGCACCAUUUUCAUUUUUAACUUAACAAAAUUGGAAUCUCAUGCAAUAAAACAUGUACUGGAUGCAUUUAGCAGGGUUUAUACUUGUAAAGUGAAAAAAGAUCAACAGUGGGACAUUAUGGAAUCUGUAUUUAGUUUUUUGUUGGGGGCUUUUUUUGUUUUGGGGUUUUUUUGUAAAAUUAUUAAAUUAAACUGGCUAAUA